AUGCCACAACCAGAAUAUAUCCAAGAAAGAUUACAACAAUUAGAAUCUAUUGAUUUGACAUUAUGUAAGAUGUUACAAGAGGCAUCACAAGUGGUUUUCACAUUUAGUGAAUUGAAAAGAGGUAAUUAUCAAUUAAAACCACAAUUCCAAGCACAUAUACAAACUUUUUAUUCUGAUUUGGAUAGUGUUAAUGAAAAUUUAAGGAAUGAGAUUAAACAUUUAGAUGAAAAUAUUGGAACUAGAUUAUUACCUAUUAAUAACGUAAAUAAAAAGGCUAUUGGAUUAGAUGACGAUAAAUUAUUGGAACAAAUAGAAUUAUUGAAGAAUGUUUUGAAUGUUGAUGAAAAUAUAGAUAUAGAUGUGGAUAUGGAUGCUAGUAAAGAGUAA